AUGCCAUCCCGAAACUAUCCCACCUCAAACCAACCCUCACUCUCUCUAUCCGAAAUCCUCGAGCUGGAACCAGAAGAAGAGCCAUGGUGUGCCGGAUACGCCCCAUCCCAGCGGCGCCGCUGCCACAUCCGCACAAACUCCCGUGGCCGCAGCUCAGCAAUGGCGCUACUCGACAAAGGCACCGAGAAACUCCAAGCCGGUCGCAACAUCGACAAUCUGCUAGAAGAUUUGGCUCCUCACGUCCUCUGCACACGGUUUCACCAGAACCAAGCGUCCACACUUACUUCUAGCUGGCGAAGGAAAGUUCGGUCAUAUCUUGAUUCGCAGAGCACACCCACGAGAUCUAGAGCCACGUCUUCUACGCCAAGAGCCAGCCGUCGACCUCGAAGUAUCUCCAGCGAGCCCGUUGAUCUGGCAAUGGAGGAAAGGAUCGCAGAGCUGAGAAGGCGUAUUGAAGCCUUGAAAGAGCUCAGGCGUGUGGAAAGCGCUCGAUCGGGCCGGGGGCGCACUACAAGGUCUCAUAGUCGCGAGACGGAGGACUCAAGCAGAACCGUUAGUCCAAGCAGGCUGGGCAGUUCAUCGGGAGGACAUGUCUCACAGGAGAGGUAUACCGAGAGAGUGGCGGAAAGAGCCUCUACAGAAGUCACCGUCCGGUCGGUAACCGCAGUGCCUCGACCGGCGCAAGCCCACAUCGCUCCUUCCAGACGGGUUUCUGUUUCGAAUCAAACACCACAGAGUCCAUCAACAGGGGUUUCAGUCCCCAGGCGAACUGUGAUUCAUGGUAGAAAGAGCAGAUUGCCACAGGUUUCUCGCCGAGAGGUUGAAGGGGACUGUGGGAUCUGUUUGUGUGAUCUGCAUGGUCCACAGCAAGCCGUGGACUGGGAAGAUGAGACGGAUAGUGAUAGUGAUGAUGACGAAGAAGAUGACAGUGAUGAUGAUGAGGAAGAUGAUGAUAGUGAGGAUGACGAAGAUGAUAGUGAGGAUGGCGAGGAAGAAGAUGAUAGCGAGGAUGAUGACAACUACUAUGAUGCUAAUGAGUACCAAGAGGAAUUAACCUGGUGCAAGAUCGGCUGUGGAGUCAACUUCCACAAAAAAUGCAUCGACAAAUGGCUAGCAUGCGCUCACACAUGUCCCGCAUGCAGGAGCAAGUGGGAGGAUAUUGAUUGA